AUGAGCAUUUUAGGUGAUAAAAGGUCCUGGGACGCGUCAAAUUCACUUAAUUUGCUUGAAGAAGAAGAUGAUGAUGUACAAAUGAGCAAUAGAUUCUUGAAUCCUAAGACAGCAGAUCCGGCAGAUCCGGCAGAUCCAGGUCCGCAAACAUCACCAGCACGACAAACACCACUCCCUCCUCACACAAUCAGACUCGCACCAAUCCAAGCAACUUCAACAUCAGGCACUCCAAUCUCAUUCGGCCGUAAGAAGAAGAUUGAUGGUACAAGUACAAUGAACGACGUUGAACCGCGUUCAAGCUAUUUGGCUAAACCAGUACACAAGUUAUUAUCAGAGUUAGACGCUAAAGCUUCCACUUCCACCUCUAUUUCAUCCACUCACUCUCAAAAUCCAUCUGAAACGCAACUAUGGACUGACAAGUACAAGCCCAAUAAGUUCACUGAUCUAAUGGGCGAUGACAGACUCAACAGACAAGUAAUGAGCUGGUUGAAAGAAUGGGAUAGAUGCGUAUUUAACAAAACUACAGCUGAUUCCACCUACAAACGCAAAAGAGAUGCUGAACCUUACGCUUAUCGUGAUCCACAUAACUUAGGUAGACCACAGGAACGUCUUCUUCUCCUCAGCGGUCCACCAGGUCUCGGUAAAACUACUCUAGCAUACAUCAUAGCCAAACACGCCGGUUAUCGCGUCUUUGAAGUCAACGCCAGUGACGACAGGUCAGCUAGAACUGUAGACGAUAAGCUCAAAUCGGCAUUAGAUGUUAAUCCCAUUACUUUCGAUGGCACUGUCGAUAAAAGACCAACAUUAGUGUUGGUAGAUGAGAUAGACGGUGCAACUGGAGAAGGUAGUGGAGGAUUCGUGAGACAGUUGAUCAAUCUAGCUACAGACUACGUACCCAAAAAGCGUAAAAAUGGUACUACUCAACCUCGUCUACUUCUCAGGCCGAUCAUUUGCAUAUGCAAUGAUUUAUACACACCCUCUUUACGCUCUCUCAGACCUAUAUCGAGAAUAGUGAGAUACAAGCCACCAUCGACCCUAGCUACAGUUACGCGUCUCAAGGACAUUUGCAACGAGGAAAAUAUCCAAACUGAUACUAAAUCCCUCAACAUGUUGGCGGAAUCCUCUGGUGGAGAUAUUCGCAACUGUCUAAAUACAUUACAGUUCAUCCAACACAACUCGAUGCAACUCCAAACGGCUAUACAGAUUAACACCAAAGACUCGAGUCGAAGUGUAGCAAGUGUCAUACAGCAGAUAUUUAAAUUAGAGAAAAGCAAGACGCCUUCGAUUAAGCCUGCGAUAGACACGAUGGUGGAGUGUGGAGAAUACGACAAGAUCUCACAAUCGUGUUACGAAUCAUACCUUAAAGCGCGAGUGAAUGACAGUAGAUGGGACAGAUAUCUCACAGCCAUAGAUGCGCUGGUUGAUGCAGACACGCGGAAUGGUUUGGGUGAUACAUACACACCUUACCACCUCUCCAAGCUUCACCUUCAGUUCGCAAACAUUAACAAUGGUCAUAUAGGCGUAGCUGGCAGUACAGACUAUGACAAGUACGUUGAGCGUCUUAAUAAUGCAGAUAUGGCAAAAAGUUUCAAACUCUCACUACCUCAUUCGUUGUAUAGAUGCUACGACCUCAAUACUCUUGUUAUAGAGUUGUGUCCACUCCUCAUGCAAAUCCUGGCUAUCAAUUUGAAACUAACUAAUGCGCAGGUCUCUACUGAGGGUGAUCGGAGGAGAAUGGAGCGAGCGGUGCAGAUAUGUGUCGAUCUAGGUGUUGAAUUGAAGAUUGACAGGGAUGAAGAUAACAAAACAUUAAUCAAAAUGGAUCCAGCGAUUGACGUGCUCUCUCAACUUUACUCCAACACCUCCCUAUCAACCUUCUCCACCAAGCAGCUCCUAUCUAAGGAAAUCAAUAGUGAGAAGGUGCGUCGGAAGACGGAGAAAGUGAAGAGGGAGAAGAAGUCUCUGAGCGACAAGUACGGUGCUCCGCCUACUGCUGAUGCAGCUGCUGUGAAUGACGCAAGCCCGACAGAUUUCUUCGGUCGAGAGCUCACAACAGCCAAAGCAGAUAUCUUAAACAAAGCAUCAACUAGCACAUACAUACCCCCACACUAUAAAUACUUUGAAGGAUUCUCAAACGCAGUGCGCAAGCCAAUAAAAAUGUCUCAAUUACUGUAA